AUGGCCGUCUUCACUGAGCAAGACUCAGAGCCCACAAAGGUGCCCACGCAUCAGCUGCACCCCAGUGAGAGAGGCACUGAGCUACGGGCUUUCCACGUGGUCAUUCAUCCCUCACUACAACGCUAUGAGCCCUUCGAGGUGCGCACCCGCCUGCUGGGCUGGGACGACCGCGCCUUCUACCUGGAGGCGCGCUUCGUUAGCCUGCGCGACGGCUUCGUGUGCGCGCUGCUGCGCUCCCGGCAGCACGUGCUGGGCACCUCGCCCGACCGCGUCGUGCAGCACCUGUGCAAGCGCAGGGUGGAGCCCCCCGAGCUGCCGGAAGACCUGCGGCACUGGAUCACCUACAACGAGGCCAGCAGCCAGCUGCUCCGUGCUGAGAGUGGGCUCAGCGAUGUCGUCAAAGACCAGUGA